AUGACCUUGGUGGCAAGGCUGGUCUUGCUGCAGCUGGUGGAAGUUGCUGAAGCUCAAGACAUUUUUUGUAGUCACUCAAUACCUCUCGAGGAGUGCCUUUCCUAUCUUCCCUCGGAGAAGGCCGCAGUGAACCGGUUUAUGAAUGAGCUCGAGCAUGCUCCAAUGCCUUCCAGCACUGCCUUCGAGGGUACUGGCAUUGUUAUGAGUGGUGGGGCUCCACAUGUUUUGCAGGCACUAGCGAACUUGGAUGUCUUGAGACACUUCCACAAAUCCGACUUGCCCGUGGAGUUCUUUCACGCCUUUGAGUUGGAAGAGGCCCACUGCAAGGCCUUUGCCAUGCGCGGGGCCACCUGUCGCCAGCUCCAGGUGCCUGGAGUUUACCCUGAAUAUGAGACGGUGCUUCCAUCGGUGAUGAGCUCCAGCUUUCAGCAUGUCUUAUGGAUGGAUACAGAUAUCACUCCACUGGUCGCUCCCGAAGUGCUUUUUCAAACUGAAGCAUACCAGCGUGAUGGUGCAAUGUUCUGGCCUGACCAUUGGUCUCAUGACUGUUGGCCCUAUGGGCAGUCUGCUUGGCCGACACACGUGGUUCUACAUUUGCUCCAACUUGAAUACAAUAUGUCCGAGCCUCGUUUCUGCCAUGAACAUGAGACUGGACACUUCCUCAUCAACAAGGAGAUGCACUGGCGACCCAUUUGCUUAGCCAACUACCUUGCCACGAGGGACUUCUUCACUCGCGUGCUUCAUGGCUACAAAGACGUCUUUCGCCUCGCCUUCUUGAAGUUGAAUGCCUCGAACUGGUUUAGCCCUGUACGCCCCGGAAUUGUGGGCGCGUUUAUGAAGAAUGGCUUUUUCUACCCCGCAGCCUUGGUCCAGUUUUGGCCACAUGCAGAGGUCUUGGGAGAUGGCCAAUACCUUGGGGAUGUCACGACGCGUGAUAUCCCGCUCUACGUGCAUCAGAAGAAGGUCCCUGGGAUUCUGUGGACAGACUUCCUGACCUUCGAAGAGCCCUUGGGACGGUGUACAUCCUUCCGCUUGGUCCCGGUGGACCCGGCGACCCCGGACGUGGCACCCUGGGAUUUGGAGCGAACAGAUCCGAAGAUCGCACAGUCCCUCUACUUGAUCGAGGCUCUCUGGGAAAAGUCUUUCUAUGCUAAUAUGGAGCGCUUGAAAAAUGAUCCCAACCUGUCGCCGGAGAGCAAAGAAGUGCUCAGGGCCAAGCGAGAUACCUCCAUCACUAAGCAAUGGAACCAGGUGGUGGAGAGCUGUCGCUGUGAUUUUGCCAACAACCUCUGGUUUCAUUUAUUGAGUGUCUUGAACCCAGAGCUGCCCGACGGAGUGAAGCGCUUCGACACAGCAGCUUGCAAGAUUCUCCUUUCACCGAACUUCGAUGGUGUCACGUGCCCAGUGGGCUUCGCUGCCCUGGCCGUCAUGUGCCAUCGAUUCUUUGGAGUGGAAGAGAGAGGCAAAGCAAAGAAGGUGAUUGCCAACUUGCUGCCAGGUCUAGAGGGGUGUUUGCCGAAGACCUUUUGGCCUCUGAAACUCGAUCAACUGCGGCGCUUCCUGGACCAGGAUCAACCUUUCACUAUGGUCUUUGACCCGGAGAAAGCACAGAACCUCACCCCGGAUGUGCGCCGCUGUUUGCCGCUGAAGUCUUUGGAUUGCUGGAAUCCGCGAAACGUACUGUCUGAGGAUCCACUCAGGUUGAGAGAUCCUAUGUCUGAAGGAGGUUCAGAGAAUUCCUGUCUAUUCUGCUGCACCAUGCGUGACUUGAGUGAGCAUUGCUUUGAUAGCUAUUUUACCAAAGAGGCCUGCUGCAACGAAGUGAAAGCUUGA